AUGACGGUGACAGGUUACAUCCCCAAGAACGAGCCUGUCGAACGACACGAGCAAGGUGUAACCAAGAGCCGCAAGACAAUCAUGACGGGCGGAGGACGAGCCUGGAGCGAGGCCGAGGAACAAUACCUCGUCCGGACUCGCCACCAAAAGGUGCCGUACAAGCAGAUUGCGGCCAAUCUCAAGAAGACGGAGCUUGCGUGCCGGCUGCACUACCACCAGCUCACGCACAGCAGCGCGCGGCGCAGGCACUCCGUCUCGACAACGCCGUCGUCAGCGUCGUCGGCGUCGAGCCGCCCGUCCGAGAUGAUGACGGUCACGAUCCUCGGCCCCGGGGCGCACCACCAUCGCCCGACGGCGUCCCUGUCGGCGCACCACCGGAGGGCCGAGAGCUACAGCUCGACGUCGACGGCCUCGUCGUCCGGGGACAAUGUCCAGCUGCCGCGCAUCGUCGACGCCUGGGCGUCUCCCACGCUGCCCGUCAUCCUGCCGCGGCCGUCGUCCAUGCUGUGCCAUCUCCCACCUCCUCCUUCUCACCACCAACAUCACCAACAUCAUCACCAUCAACAGUACCACCAGUCCCAGUAUCACCACCAGCAGCAGCAGCAGCACAUGGAGACACCAGCAGGCUUUCCCCUGCCGUCCACGUCCACACAUCCGCCCCCGUACAUCGACAUGACCCGCCUGCAUGCCCUGUAUGACGUCCACCGCGACGCCUUCUGGCACGCCAUCGCCCGGGACUACGGCUGGAAUGCGUCGCCGGCGGUGCUGGAGAGCGCGUGGAGGGACAGCCAGAGCCAGCGCAACAAGGCGGCAACGCCCGAGAGGCCGCUGACGCCGGCGGACAGCCCCGAGGCCCCGGCGAGGCGGGACAGCGUGGACAGGACGAGCAUAGCGUCGCUGUUGGCGGAUGCGUCGCCGGGGAGGUGGUGA